AUGGCAUCCUGGAGUCUCAAGUCAUGUUUUGAACAAUUUAUUUCUGCUAUAGAAACAUCUCUUAACGGCAACAAUGAGUUCAAGGCCGCUACCCUUGCACACGAUGUUAAAUUCUCCAUUCUCUCAUCGGACACUAACGAAAAUCUCCUCGUGUCUAUCCGGUCCAGCGUCGCUCGCAUCCAGUUCGGUCGUUCCACAGUUGCCGAAUUCACCUUAUCAGCAAGGUCACAGGAUUGGCAUGAAUUCUUUGCACUGGAGCCGAAACCAUCCUAUCAAUCAUACUGGGGCAUUCUGCGUGUUUUUGGAAGCGAGUCUGGCGUUGGCAUUUCAGGCGAUAUCGCUGCAUUUAGCAAGAGCGUCAGCGUAUGGCGUAUCGUCCUUGAAACCGCUCGGGGAAUCCUGCACAAUCAGCCAGUACUAGCAAUGGAUGAAGAUGUUGACGAAGGCAUCGUGGAGGAGGAUAGCAUCGUGGGAAAAUACACAUGGCUCAAACUUUCUGCCUUUGGUCAAACCAAGAUAUUUUAUGAGUGCUCGGGACAUGGACCGAAGCAUAUCUUGUGGCUACAUACAGCUGGUGCCGACUCCCGGCAAUUCCAUGAAUUGAUGAACAACAAGAACCUUCAAGAGCGGUACACCAUGUAUGCUUUCGACAUGCCAGCCCAUGGCAGGUCGUCUCCCGGCUGCAAACAAGUUCCGCAGGGCUAUACAAAUAGUGAGGAAGUAUAUAUCGAAGUCAUACAUCAGAUGAUGAAAAAGUUGCAUCUGACGCAGCCCAUUGUUUCUGGUGCUAGUAUGGCCGGUCACAUUUGUCUUGCGGUCGCUUUGCGAGCCCGAGAAAUGGGAGUAGGUGGCGUUAUCCCUGUUGAAGCUGCCGAAUAUCUGCCGCUGGUACAACCUCCUUAUGAGCUAGGUGGUCACUUCAACGAAUCGAUCAUCAAUCCAGAACGCGUGUGUGGGAUGACGGCCCCAACUUCAACGAAGGCACGUAAACAGCUCAUAUGGUGGAUAUAUUCAUCUCAGGCCGCACGGGUGUUUCAAGGAGAUUUGCAAUUUUACUUCAAAGGCUGGGACGGCAGAAACCGGCUGGAACACAUCGACACUUCAAAAUGUCCCGUGUAUAUGCUUACUGGCGAGUAUGACUAUAGCUGUACACCGGAAGUAAGUGCAGCAGCGGCAGCAAAGAUUCCGGGUGCUCAGUUUGAGAUGAUGGAUCGUAUGGGCCAUUUCCCGAUGACAGAAGACCCAGAGCAAUUUUUGGUCUACUUAAACAGGGCUUUGAAUUUUAUCGAGAAAUCUCGAACUGGCUAG